UACCAGCACAGAGGCAGCAGGAGCAGCUUGGCAGGGCUUCUUGUCCACUCCGCUCUGGUCAUUGGAGCCAAUCGAGGAAUCGGCCUGGGAAUUGUCAAGCAGCUCCUGCAGAGGCCAAACCAACCCGAGUGGGUCUUUGCAGCCUUCCGGGACUGCAGGGGAGAGUGAGCACAGCUGCAUCUGAAGGGCUCUGGAAACCAGCAGAAGGGGAAUGCGUUCAACCUCCGACUGGCGUUACAUGGGAAAGACACGGAAAUGCUGUGAAGCUGUCAGGCCCACCUGAGCCAUGGGGCACCCUGUGUCCCUUCCACUGGCUGCUCCCUCCCUCCUCCCUCAGCACGCCUUCUCCUGGGCUCCUGCUUCACAGGGCCAAGGUCCUAGAGGAGUUACAGCAUUUGGCCUCCAAGCACGCCAACCUGGUCAUCAUCUCGCUUGAAGUCACCGACCCCGCCAGCAUCCAGGCAGCUGCAGGCAGAGUCAGGGAGCACCUGAAGGACUCUGGGCUGAACCUCCUCAUCAACAAUGCUGGCAUUGCAAAACCAAGCUCUUUGGAUACUGAGACUGUGGAGAACAUGUCCCAGGUGUAUGCCACCAACACGAUUGGGCCCCUGCUGGUGAGCCAGGCAUUCCUGCCCUUGCUGAAGAAGGCUGCCCAGGGAAGCUCGAGCUCUGAGCUGAGCUGCAGCAAGGCAGCCAUCAUCAACAUGUCCAGUAUUGCUGGCUCCAUAGAGGAAAUACGUUUAUCGGAAAAUGUGCAAUAUAUCUCAUACCGCUGCAGCAAGGCUGCUCUGAACAUGCUCACCAAGUGCCAGUCCUUGGGGUACCGGCAACACGGCAUCCUCUGUGCUGCUCUCCACCCUGGCUGGGUGCAAACGGACAUGGGGAGCUCAGCAGGACACAAGCCCCCACUGACGGUGGACGUGAGCGUACAAGGAAUGCUGAAUGUGCUCUGCUCCCUCUCCGAGAAGGACACAGGGACUUUCCUGGACUGGGAAGGGAAAGUAGUGCACUGGUGAGACGCCAGCCCAGCGUCAUGCCCGGAUCCUGGCAGCAGGUCCCUUUGCUGCGCUGCGCUGUGCCGUGCCCAUGUCCUCAAUAAACCCAUGUCCAUGAGCAGCA